AUGGCCAUAAGUGGAGCAGAAGAACAAUUUGAUUAUCGCAUUUUACGAUUGACUGAUAUGACUGAAGAGCCAAUGAAAUUCUUAGCGCCUAUAGGUGGAUAUCAAGAUAUGCCGCUUGUUUCUCUAGAGCAGGCUGUCGAGCCACUCACAUCUCUUCUACCAGCUGUCCAAAACUAUGCUUAUUUAGUCAAACAGAGAUGUGACAAACCAGCUGAUGGUUUAACACCAGAUGAAUCAGCUGCUAUCAUGCUUUAUUCAAUGGGAUGGAAACCACUUGAUCAAUGUCUGUUUGUCGCCUUGAAUGCAGCUCUACGAUCAGCAGAUAGAAGAAAUCUCAAACCAUGGUUUCUCUUUCUCAAACUGUUCCUCACUGCACUCUAUCGUCUUCCAUCCAUUUCACGUUAUACUGUUUAUCGAGGGGUCAAGUUGAAUUUGAACGAACGUUACAAGAAAGAAAAAACAGUGAUGUGGUGGGGCUUCUCGUCAUGUACUACCUCAAUCGAGCUUUUACAAAGUGAACAUAUUGUGGGCAAAACGGGUCCAAGAACUAUAUUCUGCAUCGAGUGCAAUUCAGGAAAAGACAUUCGAAAACAUUCUUAUGAUCCAUCAGAGAAUGAAAUACUUCUUUUGCCUGGAACUCAAUUCAAAGUUGUCGGAUGUCUUAAUCCUGAUUCUAAUCUUCAUACGAUCCAACUCCAAGAAAUUCAGCCGCCAGUAACAAUUUUGCAGCAUCCGUUUCGGCUUGAUCAUUUGCAGACGAAACCAGUUGCUGGUAAUACUAAUCACCAAUCAUAUCGUCACUAUUCUUCUUCAUGUUCACAAACGAAUACUCUUUCUCUUCUCUCUUCUCCUUCAUCACCUAUUUCGAUUCCUUUAAAAUCAUCCUCUCAGUUAACAAAUUGUAAUACUCCUGAGGAUAUGGCUAAACCUUUAAAUAAUUCUCCAUCAAAAAUCAUAUCACUUUUACCAUCAAACGAUCAUCUUCAAACAAUAUGUAAUUCUCUCUCUGCUCCUGUUGAUUCAAAAUAUUCAUCAUGUUCAACAAUGAUCACUCCAACUGCUACACUUAUUUCAUCUUCUACAACAUCAUCAUCCGAUCAUUGUUCUGGUCAACAAUUAAAUUCUGUUCAAUGGACAAAACUUUCAUGUCCACCACCACCACCAACAACAUCAUCAUCAUCAAGUAUAGCAACAACAACGAAUAAUUCGUUAGAACCUCUUGAAACAACAUAUGUGGUUAAUAUUGUACGAAAACUUCUUGAACAACAUAACAUUGGUCAAUGUAUAUUUGCACGUCAUGUACUAAGUUUAUCUCAAGGUACUGUUAGUGAAUUAUUAUCAAAACCACAAGCUUGGUCAAAAUUAACUGAAAAAGGCAAAGAAAGUUAUCGAAAAAUGUGGUCAUGGACUAAUUCUGAAGAAAGUAUAUUAGCUUUAAAAAGUCUUAGUCCACGUAAAGUUUUAUCGGAUGAACCAAAACGUUCUCGUACACCAUCAUCAUCAUCAACAUCAUCUCGUGAACAUUCUCCUAUUAAUCAACAAUCAUUUAUAUCUUCAUCAAUGUUUUCAACAUUUCCUCCAUCAUUAUUAAUGCAAACAACAAAUAGACUUAAAAAUGACAUUUAUUCACCAUAUAAUAUACUUUAUCCUCAACCAGAAAAUAAUCGAAAUUGGUUAAUGUUACAAGAAAUUGUUCGAACAAAUGCUAUGAUUAAACAAUUUAAAUCAACAGAUGUUGAUGAAAAUGAACAAGAAAAUGAAGAUGAUACAGAUGAAAAUCCACUUGAUUUAAGUAUGAAAAUUGAUACUGAUCAAACAGUAAUUAAUAAUAAACAAUCAACAAUAAAACAGAAUAAAACAAUAUUAAUACCAUUGACUGAACAAGAUAUGAUGAAAUAUCGUCAUAUUAAUACAAUUGAAUUAGUUCAAACAAUAAACGAUAUUCUAAGAAGUGUUAGUGAUAUUCUUGCUCGACCAAAACAAUGGGAAUCGUUAACACAAAAAGGUCGUGAAUCAUUUAUACGUAUGCGUUUAUUUUUGGAUGAUCCGAAUGCAAUAAAACAACUUGUACAAAAUGUUUCAUUAAUAUUGGAUUUAUCAUCAUCAUUAUUAAAUGAAACAAUAAUAAUAAAUACUACUACUAAUAAUAAUAAAUCAAAAUCUCCUUCAAAAACUAAUAAUAAUCAAUCUCGACCACAAUCAACUACAAAAUCACAAGUACCACCAUAUGAAUUACCAAUUAUACCUUUACCAACUGCGAUUGAUAGUGGACAAUUAAGUGCACAAGUUCAGGAAUUACUUUCUUCGUAUAGCAUAAGUCAACGUGUAUUUGGUGAAGUUGUUCUAAAUCUUUCUCAAGGCACAGUUAGUGAAAUAUUAUCAAAACCUCGUCCUUGGCAUGUAUUAAGUGUUAAAGGUCGUGAACCAUACAUACUUAUGUACAGUUGGUUUCAUGAUACAGGCAAUGUACAAAAAUUACUUGCUUUACGACGUACAACACGUACUCAAACAACAAUAGAUAAUAUUGAUAUUGAAAGUAAUAAUAAUUGUUCAAAACGACUAUAUUCAUUUACGGAUGAUCAAUGUCGUGUAUUACAACAGAUAUUUGAAAAUGAACCAUAUCAAAAUCAAUCAAAACUGGAACAACUUGCUGAUGAAUUAUCAUUAUCAAUAAAUAAAAUUUCGAAUUGGUUUUAUGAUGCAAGAAUGAAAACGAAAACACAUAUUGUUUCUUUAGAUAUAGAUAAACUUUCAACAUCUCCCUUAAAUGAUGAUGAUAAUAAUAAUUCAUCAACAAUUGAACCAUUGAAUAGUUCAUGGUUUAAUGAUUCUGAUAAUACAAAUAGUCCAUUGAGUUUAUCAACAUCAUCAACAAAUAUUGUUUCUUUAAUUGAUAAUAAAAAAUCUUCUGAAUCUAUGACAACAUCAAUAUCAAGUAGACAUUUUCAUGAGCUUGAUAAACGUUAUCGAGAUCUUGAAUAUGCUAAUAAUGAAUUAAAACAAUUGAAUACUCAACUUGAAAAAGAUUUAUUGAGUGUUGGUGGUAUUAGUGAAUUAUUUCGACGAGGACCAGAGGGACAACCAAGUGAUAGUAGUAUAAAUGAAACAGGAAUAAUUAAAGAUGUUUUAAAUCAAUCAUCUAUAUCUUCAACACCAUUCAAAGAUUCAAUAUUACCAUCGAUGAUUCCACAAAGAGAUUCAUCAUCGGAUGAAGCAUUGACAGCUAUUGUUAUUAGUCAACGAGAACGAUUUCGUAUUCGAAAUGUUGAAUUAGAAAAUGAAAAUGUUUCAUUAAAACAACAAAUCAAUAUAUUUCAAAAUAAAAUGGAUAAACUUCGAUCAGAUAAUAUUAAACUAUAUGAAAAAAUUAAAUUCGUUCAAACUUAUCUGUCAACACGUGGAACGGAUGACUCAAUUGAUCGUUAUUCACGUGGUUAUGAUGCAUCAUUAGAUCCAUUUACUAAUUUUACAAAAGAAGAAAGACAAAAGAAAUAUGAAUCUCUUAAAUUACAUGAAAAAUUUGCUUUAAAUUUUGGUCGUUUUAUUUUAUCAUCACAUCAAAGUCGAACAUUUUUUGUUAUCUAUUUUAUUCUCGUACAUAUUCUCAUCUUUCUUUCUCUUUAUAAAAUGGUUCAUACGGGUUCAUCUGUACGUGAUAUGUUACAAAUUUGUUUCGCCAAAUUUCGAGAACAUAUGGCAGGUGCACAUGGUGGAAAAGACUUUCAUUUGGAUCAUGUUCAUGGUGGAGCAGCAGGUGUAGAAUAA